ACAGGGGCGGCCAGAGGCAGAAAUUAGUAUCGCGUUGUUGGUGAAAUAGUCCGUUGUUUGUCAGUGUAAGUCGGUGACAGCAAGUCGAGGGUUUAUUAAACACUCAGACAUCACCUCUACCGGGAAACGAGGCUCCUGUGAUGUGUUGUUGAGCUGUCAUUCACCGCUGUGGGAACGCCAGCCUCAAUGUGUUGGUAAAGGCUGUCAGCGUAUCAGCUAUAGAGACCCGUCAGACGAUGAACUACGUGGGCCAGUUGGCGGGCCAGGUGUUCGUCCAGGUCAAAGAGCUGUACCGAGGCCUCAACCCCGCCACCUUGUCCGGCUGCAUCGACGUCAUCGUAGUGAGGCAGCCCGAUGGAUCCCUGCAGUGCUCACCUUUCCAUGUCCGCUUUGGAAAGAUGGGAGUCCUCCGGUCCCUGGAGAAAGUGGUGGAUAUGGAGAUCAAUGGAGAGCCAGUGAAUCUACACAUGAAGCUUGGGGACAAUGGAGAAGCAUUUUUUGUGCAAGAAACAGAAAAUGAUCAGGAAGUGGUUCCUUCCUACCUGGCCACCUCUCCCAUCUUGUCGGACGGGGCCUUUCUGAUGGGCUCCUCCCUGCUGGGGAAGGGCUCUGGGCCGCCCAUACAGACACUGGGCUCCAUGGGGACUGCCGGGGACUCUGGCAAUGGGAUGAUGAAGAAGAGGAGGAAGAGAAGGAGGAAGGUCCGGGCGGACAAUGUCAGGAGGGAGGACAAUGGGGACAACUCCGAGGACGAGGACAUGUUUACCAUAGACAUUAGCUCGGAUGAAAUGGGGAUGGGGAGCAACAGGAUUUCAUCUCGGGACGUUUUAAGAGACGAGAGUACCGGCGGCUCUUUCAAACAGACUGGCAUUCGCACACGUUCAGAUGGAGACUGGAGCCCUAUCCAGAGUCCUGGAAACUCUCGUCCCACUUCUCCCAAGAGCGACUCUGAGCUGAUGAUCAAGCCGUCAGACGCAGCCAAUCAAGAUCCAGCCAUGCACUGGGCGUGGGGAGAGCUGCCACAGGCCGCCAAGCCGUCUUUCCUCCAAGUGAAACCCAACCCUCCGUCAGUUUGCCCAGUAACCAUCCCGGUGUCUGAAAGCACACACUUCCGCGUGAUAACUCAUGAGACGGAACAGAGUGGACCCUGCACUGAAAUAUCAGCACUCUCCCUGAUGAUACCACAGGAGACCAAUGGGGAAACAGUCGGGAUGGAGGCAGAGUCCAUGACAGCAGGAGGUGUAGCAGCUCAGAUGUCAGAAAUGGAGGAGACGAUGCCUUGCCCACCGGGCAAAACCGACUCUCCAUCCAAGAGAAAAGAUAAGAGAAGCCGCCAUCUUGGGUCUGACGGGAUUUACCUGGAUGACAUCACAGACCUCGAGCCUGAAGUGGCGGCCCUUUAUUUCCCUAAGAAUGAGGGUGUCACGGCGGUGCGGAGCGUCUCAGACCCGGGCCCCCACGGCAGCAGCCUGUCCCCACAGUCGCUCAGCUCAGGCGGAGACAGCGGAGUGGACAGCUACUGCGACCCUUUGGCGGACAUGCCGACUAUCGCCAUCUCUCUGUGCGGAGGACUCAAUGACAACAGGGAGAUCACUGAAGAGCAGUUCCACGAGAAAAUCAUCUCUUACCAGCAGUUUUCGGAAAACCCCUCCAUCAUCGACGACCCCCAUUUAGUCGUGAAAAUUGGCUCCAAAUACUAUAAUUGGAGCUCUGCAGCUCCACUUAUGCUGGCUUUGCAGGCCUUUCAGAAACCUCUGCCAAAGGUUGCAGUGGAGAACAUCAUAAAGGAGAAGAUGCCAAAGAAAGGAGGGAGGUGGUGGUUCUCCUGGAGAGGCAGGAACAGCAGCACCAAAUCGGAUUCUGUCUCUGAUCAUGGGGCCUGUGGGUAUGAUGAGCAGGAUGGUAAAAUGUCAAGCAGACACAAAGAAGACUCUUCCUCCAGUGAUGAAGACCACAGGGCAGCCUUACAGAGCUCUGCACCCAGCCAAUCAGAGCCAGUUCUAACACUGGGAGGCGUGUCUUAUAAGAAAACACUCCGACUCACAUCAGAGCAGCUUCUGUCCCUCCAGCUGCAGGACGGUCCUAACGAUGUUGUGUUCAGCGUGACUACUCAGUACCAGGGGACGUGUCGCUGUCAGGGAACCAUCUACCUCUGGAACUGGGAUGACAAGAUAAUUAUCUCCGACAUAGAUGGAACCAUCACCAGGUCGGACACACUGGGUCAUAUCCUGCCCACACUGGGGAAGGACUGGACCCACCAGGGCAUUGCACAGCUCUACCACAAAGUCAGCCAAAAUGGCUACAAGUUCCUGUACUGUUCCGCUCGAGCUAUCGGCAUGGCAGACAUGACCAGAGGUUACCUCCACUGGGUCAACGAGAGAGGCACUAUGCUUCCCAUCGGCCCCGUCCUCCUCAGCCCCAGCAGCCUCUUCUCAGCUCUGCACAGGGAGGUGAUCGAGAAGAAACCCGAGAAAUUUAAGGUGGAGUGUCUCAACGAUAUCAAGAACCUCUUCUUCCCCAACACACAACCGUUCUAUGCAGCGUUUGGCAACCGACCAACGGAUGUAUAUUCUUAUAAAGAAGUUGGGGUGCCACUGAACAGGAUUUUCACGGUAAACCCAAAAGGCGAGCUAGUGCAGGAGCAUGCCAAGACCAACAUAUCAUCAUACGUGCGUCUGGGCGAAGUGGUGGACCAUGUGUUCCCUCUGAAGAUGCGAUCCUCCUCUUCAGACUUCCCCUGCUCGGACACAUACAGCCACUUCACCUACUGGAGGCAGCAGCUCCCCCGGGUGGAGCCUCAGGGCACUACACCUCCACAGAGCCCUCGCCCCAGCAGCUGACUGCCUGCGGCCUGCUGAGCACUGAUGGUGUGACGGUUACAUGUGUGUGAUUUCUGUAGAAGAUGGAGCACUUUGAGUGCACAGCAGGGGCCACUUGUUAAAUCUGCUGUGAAAACUCUUAUAACGCACAACAUGGAUGUAAGCGCACUUUUAUGAAAAGAUGGCCUCCGUAGCUUUCUGACUAGAUGUAUGUAUAUGAGAAUGAUAGUAAUUUAUUCAGACAGCUUAGUACAUAUAUUAUUUUUGAGUGAGUGCUGACAUUCUUUCAGUAGUUAGACCUUCUAUGGUAUGUAUGCGGACAGUUGCAUAAAAUAUUUAUGGCAUCUGUGCAUCACACAGAACAAAGCCACAUCAAAGCGCAAGAUAAUUCAACUUGUGCCAUAUGGUAGAUGCAGAAUUUAUUUUCUUACUCUGAACUUUGAGACUGUUACAGACCCUCAGCAUGGAAAUGCAGAGAGAGAGAUAUAUAUAUACAUGCAUGCUGAUUUUACAUAUGUUAUCUAUUAUUUAGUUUGAAAGAAAUCAGUCGAGUGGGUAUAAGGUAUAUAGUAAGCUAAGGGAGACACUACAGGAAACACAUUUAAAUUAAUGGAUAUCACAAUGAGGCAAUUGCUGUGUCUAGCCCAAUAUCACACAUUUGACAUUUGUCUCAAUGGACUUUACAGUUUAUGAAUAAUAUGAAUACGAUUACGACACCCUCUGUCCUUAUACCCUCACAUCGAACAAGGAAAAACUUCUUACGAAACCCCAGAGUUACGGGGGGAAAAUGGAAGAAACCUUAUUCUUAGAUCCAAUGUUGGAAUUUGUGGAUUUAGGAGACAUGUACAGACAUAAUAGACCAAAUGAAGAUAAACAUUUGAAAGUGUAUAUUGGAUUUUCUUUCUACAAAUCUGAAAGAAAAAAGGUAAUGGAAGCUAAAAAGCCCACACUCCAAACCAGGACAUGUUUUUGCCUUAGUGUCUCGCCUUAAGAUGUAUAACAGAGCACAAUGAAAAAAUGAAUGAAUGAAUGGUUGUAACUGUAGCCUGGCUUAUCUUGACAGAGGUCAUGUUUUGAAUAUGGUUUAAAAUGAAUAUUUAUUGUGGAAGCAAAGUGACCAGACAGGAAAACAAAAAAGCACAACCUUUCUAAUGGUCAAAAUAACAAUGGUCUUUUCUCUUAAAAAAAAAAAUGUGAGAGGAAUCAUUUUUAUUUUUCUAUUGAAAUCACACAGGGGUCACAUUUCUGGUGACCUUCAUGAAAUGCCCAUACAUGUAUCCUGUGACCUCUCUGAUGUAUAUGUUAUCCCAUACACGCCAUUAAGUAUGUCUCAUUUACUCAUAUGAUUACAUACUCAUAUAAUCCAUUACCCAUUGUUUUUUAAUACAAAACCCAAGUCUGAAAACCUUCAAACAUUUGAAAAGUGAUCCUUAAUUCUUACAUACAGGUCCCACAGGUAACCUGAGGUCAUAUAAAGUAUUAUGAGCAACAGCUGUAAUCAUGAUGACAUGCCUUGUGUAUCAGUGAACACCUCAACAGUAUUGCCAUAUUGAGUAAGUGUUUUUGUGAAAGAUGAUGUGUAUAUAAUGCUUUAUUAUUCUUUCUGUGAAAGAGCUAAAAAAAAAAAAAAGCCUGAAAACGUAUUAUAUUUACCUUGACUGUGAACAAAAUGAUCAACAAUUUGUUCAUGUUCCCCCUCCGUACUUUCUCUGGACCAGUUCACUGUUAAAUGUAAUUUAACUCAAUAAAAAAGCCUUGGUACAGCA